AUGCAAGGGACCGGACUCUAUGCCGAAGCGAAGCGGAACUGGCGCUCCUUUACCGGACGUUCUACACAUCAUGACUACUUGGGAAUUUCGUUUUUAGUUAUGGUUCUUAUUCUGCCUCUGCACGUACAUGCCCUGUGUACCACUCCAGAGUGUGUCCCGAGGGACGGGUGGGAUAACUUUGCCAAUAACCUCGGGAGCGAUCUGGCACCGUUCCUCGCGCUGUUCGGAGAGCAGGUAACAACUCAAUACAUGAGCGAAUCACUCGAUUGGAUAGACAACAUCCUGCUUGCUCUUGCACCACUAGGGAUUAUCACGAUAUUGGUUUCCGCAAUCAGGGUGUCCGGUACAGGACCGUUGAAAUCACUUAUUGGAAGGGGGAAGGAGACACGCGGUCAGGUGGAGACGGAUUUGAUGUCGUCUACCUCGAGCGAUGUGUGUGAGCUAUUGAGCGGGGAUGGUGUCGUUCGUGUAGUUGGAACUCCUGCACUUCUUCAGCUUAUCUGGGUUCCUGAGAAGGUGGGAGAUUCUGAUAAGUCUUGUGGUCUCUACAACUUCCGGGAAACGCUCAGUAGGAACCUUUAUUAUACGAAAAAGCACUCAGACAAUCCCCAGAGCAAAUUACCCGAUGGGCGGGUGAAUUCUGAGAAGCUAGCAUUAGGGGGAAUGCGGGCGACAAGUAACAGGCAGGAACCUACACCGGACGCAUUGAUAGAUCGGAACCCUCCGAACGUCUCACUUAAUCUCAGUGUCAAGUCGGUAUCUCGCCCGACCUUAAUCAUUUUCAUCAUUAUCGGCAUCAUCGCGCAAGGUGCGGUUUUGGCAUUUGCUGCGGUCUCACAAUAUGUUUUACAUUUCCCAAAGAACGACUCAAAAAUUUCCUUCUAUGCAUUUCCUGUUCUGUGCGCUGGAACUGUUUUUCUGAGCGUGGGAAUCCUUCUAUGUGCUCACGCCGUUGAAAGCAGCACUGGGGAGAUAACCUGGGUUCCCAAGAGGCCGGGGACCACCUGGGCCCGCAAGCCUUUGAUAACCUGGUGGGCUUCCAAGCCCGAGCCACAGGCGAAGACGUUUGUGCUAUGGCUCCAACAGGGGGGGCAGAAAGUAGGUGACCAAGAGUUCGAGGCAUUUGCUCAAAGUUCCAAAGACGAAAUAAUCUCAUCCUACCGAGAAGAACGUGGAGUGAAUCGUGGAGUGAAUCGAAAGGCACUGGUAUUCGUGGCGAUUACCUUUACGCUGCUAGGAUUCAUCGCGCAACUAGUCGGCUUGAGAGCUGCUCACUCUUCCGUUACUGUGAUGCAGAUGGCCGCUAUCAUUAUCGUGACCGUUUUCCGUUCCUCUGCCCAUUUCAAGCGAGAUAAAGGGAACAUAAUUAAAAAACCUCAACUGGUAGAAGGCUUUGAAUUGGAUUGGCUUGCAAAGUAUCUUGGUGGUAUUGCCGACUGGAGGGUGGACACUAGCGCAAUCCCUGCAGCAUCUCAACAGCCUGGAACACGACCUGUAACAGCGGCUCCUGCAGCUUCUGGACAACCCGGAUCACUUUCAGCGACAGGGGUUCCUCCAACCCCCCGACAACCCGGGUCACAGCCAGCAACAGGAGUUCCUGCAGUGCCUCUAAACCCUAGGUUACAGCCAGCGACAGUGGCUCCUACAGGAUCUCAACAGCGUGAAUCACGACCAUCAACAGCAAUAUUACCAGCGCGCACGGAGUCAAUAUCACCAUCAGACCAUCCCCGCGAUAUUAUUGGGGGAGGCAAGAUACAAACCGACAAGGAGACUGAAGAGAUCUUGAAUUAUACCCCGCAAAAGGCCCUCGAAGCACGUUCCCGUCUAGCGGAGCUAUCUGUUGACUGGGACCUUGAUCUCCGGAAGAGUGUGAAGGGAUUAAAGAAUGCGAUAGAGAUGACGAUGAACGAUGUGUAUUCGAAAAUGACCCUCAAGGAAGAGAGGCACAAAUGGUUGAGGUCUUCAUUUACUUGGCAGGUACCUGUUGUUGUGAAGUAUAAGGAUAGCGAUGUCACGGCCGGUGUACAGCACCUUAUCAAAGUCAAUUUGACUAGACAGACAGACGGGCCUGACGGUUGUUCUGAUUGGAAGGUUGAUGAGUAUAUGCUGGAGGCAGUGCUUGGCCUCUGGUUAUCAUCCCUCAUAGAAGAAAAAAGAAGCGGGGAGAAAAGUGAUGAAAACGCACUCGAGAACAUUUGGCAUAUCGGACCAGCUACAGAUACAUUCAGGGGAGAGUACAGAAUUUGGAUCCGCCGUACCGCGCCGCAUAAGAGUACCAAGCGCUCGGAUAAGAGAAUGCGACAUUUUGGAUGGCCCACCAGAGGAGAACACGAUGAAUCACUUUAUGUUGAGACCGAUCGCACAUUAGAGGUCAUUUGCACACAUCAACUUUAUUUUCUGUUUCUACAUCGUCUGGCGAAGGAUGUCCAGAUGGUUGGGGGGGAAACAACGACGCGACUUGAAGAAUCUAAGUUGGAUGGUGGGAUAGCGGCACAAGCACUGAGUACCGCUCGCCUUCCAGACUUCAAGCUUAUGAAUACGAACCUGGCAUCGAUUGCAACUAUUUUCAAGGAUUAUGAUCUAGGCACCAUCGAGGAGGCCUAUUGUUGCAUUAUCCCUGCUUUCCAAAAGGUUCAAAAGCCGCCAUAUCCAAGGGAGAACUUUGAUGCUCAGAAGCAAUCGUUGGAUCAUCGUAACCCGGAUAAAUGGAGGAGUUCUCUAGGUAUUGAUAUCGAUCUCUAUACCACUAUGCAUUCAAUAGGUCUUUCCCAAAACGAGAUAGACACCGUCGAAGAACAGUUAUACCAACGCCUCCACAGUUUUAGGGAAAUGUUUAUAUCCAAAUAUGUGAAUGCUGGAAUAUACGAGGAUAUACAGCAUCUGGAGCCCAUGUGGACUGGUUUAUACUUGAGAUGCAAGCUUAUCUUACCAAAGCGGCCACUUUCGUCUAUCAAUCUCGAUCUCAUGGUUCUCUGUCUUACUCGGUACCGAAUUAAGGGAAAUUAUGAUAUUAAGGCGCUGCAUCAGUUAGUAUCAAGUACAAUACAAUCACUAAAUCCCAAGAUCUCGCCUGACGAGAUUUUGGGGAAGAUUGAGGAUGAGGACGCCAAAACCUUUAGGGAUCCAGACCUGCUGAGUAGGUUUGUGUGGGUCCAAGCUAGGAGUGGCAGAACGGUUGAGGUGCCUCAAUCGUCGAGUACCUCCGCGCAGAAUAUUAAUACUGCUCAACCACCAAAGCUUUCUGCCGACCCGUCGUCACACCAUACAUCCUCUAAGGUAUUGAUCGAAGCCCGUCGAAAACUAUCAUACAUGUUCACAUCACAAACCUUCGAUAAAUACGUUAACAACCCCACUUCGAUCAAACGUAUGGCAGAAAUGAGCGUGACGAAGGGCUUUGAUUCUGAGGAAACUAGUAAUCAAAGCCUUCCGGUUGAUCUUCUUUUGAUACAAGGAUACAGGACACCACUUCAGAUGGCAGCAGAGCUCAAGAACAUGCGGAUUGUGGAUAUGAUUCUUGAUUUUUGGCGCAAAAAUGGGGGAUUCGACGUGAGAUCUGACCAGCCGGCGGCGGAGGACGGAAGGACAGCCCUCCAAGCGGCGGCAGGAGGAGGCCAUAGGAGUAUUGUGGAGAGCCUAUUUGAAGCUGGAGCGCCAAUUGACGCCAAAGCAGCAGAGACAUCUGGACGCACGGCAUUGCAGGCAGCUACGGAGGGAGGGCAUGAAGAGAUAGUACAAUUUCUUAUCGCGAAUGGGGCCAACAUCAACGGAAGACCAGCUCCAAAUCGUGGUAUAACAGCCCUCGAGGCAGCUGCUGCGCGUAGAAAUGUGGAUAUUGUCAAGUUACUUCUUAAGAAAAAAGCAGAUGUGAACCCAAUUCCUUCUACCUACGGACGAACACCAUUACAGGCAGCGGCUGAGGCGGGACACAAUGACGUUAUUGAAUUGCUUCUGUCUGAGGAAGCCAAUGCCAAUAUUAAUGCCCCACCAGCUGAUUGUGGAGGUCGUAGCGCGCUACAGGGUGCAGCAGAAAAGGGACAUUUCGAAACAGUGAAGCUGCUUCUGAAUAAGGGUGCCAAUGUUGAUGAUGAUCUACCUGCGAAGGAGUUUGGAUGCACCGCGUUCCACGCCGCAGUAUGUUCUGGGAGGGGGGAUAUUGUCGAACUCCUAUUGAACAAGCGUACAACUACACCUAAUCAUGAUGCCGACAGCCAGAUGAGAACAGCACUGUACGCAGCAGUGGAAAACGGUCAUGAUAGAGUGGUGAAGGUUCUUUUGGACAAGGAUGCUCCUAUUUAUGCGGACAAGACUGAGCCAAACGGCAAGACCAUCUUGCAGGUAACACUGCAAAGUGGUAACGCAACGAUCAUUGAAUCGAUCCUAAAAGCCUCAUUCGAUCUAGAGGCUGCUCUUAAUCAUGCUCUAAUCGAAGGUCAUGAAGACGUCACCAGUAACCUACUCAUAAACGAUCAACUGGACAUCAACCGAAGUGAUAGCCAAGAUAGCGACCCAGCGCUGCUAAAGGCGGCAACUUUGGGCCAUGUCGAAGUGAUUCAGUGGUUGGUGGCGAGAGAUAGUCUAAAUGUGAAUAUUAAGAAUAGCAAUGGCGACACUGCUCUAUCAAUUGCGGCCAAGGCUGGAUUCAUUUUAAUUGUGGAGAUUUUGCUGGGACGCCAAUAUAUUCUUCUCAAUGAAGCCAACAACCAGGGGUCGACGGCUCUCACCCUUGCCUCUUCAGAAGGUCAUGUUAAGGUGGUUAAAGCAUUGCUAGCGAACCCAAGGAUUAAUAUAAACGCCAAAGAUAGACAGGAUAAAACAGCCUUCUCCACCGCUUGGGAGAACAUGAACGAGGCAAUUCUGUUUCUUCUCCUCAACGACAAACGACUUGAAUCUUAUAAUGAGACACUUGAAGAGUAUAUGUCACAAAAGCCUUUACUGUUAUACGAAGCAGUGAAUGAGAAAGCGGCUGUUCUCGUCGAAAGAUUACUGGAAAGGCCCGAUAUCGGAACUCAACUCAAUGCCGCGAACCCUCUUGGUGAUACUCCACUCAUGAUCGCGGUUCGGCAGCAAAAGCUAGAUAUCGUACGAAUGCUCCUGGGAUAUGAAUCAGUCACAGUGGACAAGACGGUAUUAUCCAUUGAGACCUCGCCGGAGAUCAAGAAACUCCUCAAGGAUCCUUCUCGGGGUACCAACAGAGCAAAGGCCAAACCCCCAGCACAAGAUACUUCUACAGCACACACCCAGGGCGCUAGUCCAAGUUCAACCUCGGAUCCAACUGAUGGCGUAGGGCUACCACAUACUAUAGAGCGCGGGAGGGAUGGUGCAACUAAGAAUGACAGCCCUAGAUAA